AUGUCUUUAAGUGAGAGUUCUAUCAAGUCUACAGAAAAAGAGCCCGUGGUAAAAGUUAUUUAUAAGCGUAGUAUUGAUGACUCCUCCCAAGAGGCUCCAAAAUCAGAAUGGUCAUCUCUUCAAUUCGAUGUUUCUGAAGAAAACAUUAAGAAAAUACGAUACGAAGAAGGUUUAUAUGAUCCCGGUAGUGGUGAAAUAUGUACAAAAUACUUACCACUUUCUGCAAGCUCUGUUUUCCGUCAUCCUUAUUAUAACUACCCUGGAAUAGUCGACCCUGGUAUUAAAGACGCUCUUCUUAAAUCUGAACCUAAAACCAUAUAUCCAGAAGAUGGUCAAAAGCUUUAUUUGGCUUUAUGCGAGGAAAGUAAUCAAUGCCCGAUACGCCAAUUUUACCGUGAAUUAUUAACAUCAAAAAUAGACUUAAAAUACUAUGGUAUUAGUUCAAAAGGUGUUCGUCCUAUUGCGUGUGCCUUGAAAUAUAAUCGAUUUGUGACUGUCGUAGAUUUAACAGAUAAUUUCUUAGAUGAAGAUGGUUGUUAUCACCUUGGUGAAAUUUUAAUCGAAAAUAUUACUUUAGAGGAAUUAAAUCUCCAUGGAUGCCGUAUUGGACCGGAAGGCUUAAAGCGACUUAUCGCGAAUCUUCACAUAAACAAAAGUCUUCGUACGCUUAAUCUAUGUAAGAAUAAACUUGGCGAUAAAGGUUUAGAAUAUUUAGCCAAAUCCAUAUUUUUGGGCGCUGACAUCGUCGAUAUAAAUUUAAGCUAUAACGAACUAGGUCCCGAUUCAUUAACUUCAUUAUGUGACGCUUUUGAAACUCACAACAAAUUGAAAUGCAUAGAUUUAUCUUGGAAUAAUAUAAUGUCGGCUAACGCUGUUUUUAGCCUUUGUCAAAAGUUUGCUCAAAAUGAAGCAUUUGAGUAUAUAAAUUUAUCUUGGAACUCAUUGAGUGGAGCGAAAAUUGGUAAUUCUAUUAGAAUAUUGAUAGCGAGGUGCCCAAACUUACAUAGUAUAUAUUUCAAUAAUAAUAGAUUGUCAUCAGAGGUAGUUAAAACUAUUUGCGCAGGAUUAGUAAAUUGUGGCCCUAAAUUAACUACUUUAGAUUUAUCUUACAAUAAAUUAAUGCCCCAAGACGCUAUGUUAUUGUUAAGUUGCUUAAAAAAUAGAAAAGUGAAGUUAAAAUAUCUACUUCUCGACAAUAUAAUUGUGAAAGAAGAAUUUGAUGCCCUUCGCAAAGAAAUAUUGCUACAGAAAUUCCGGAAAGAUACUGUUAUUACACAUGGCGAGGUAAUACCCGAAUUCGUGCCUAAAGGUGUUGAUAUAAGAGAAAUCUUAUUUAACAGAGCAGAUUUCUUAUGUAAAAAGAAAAGGAAAGAUAUUGCUCUCAUAUUGCUUGGAAUACAUAAAGAAUUUGGGGCGCAAAUGGAUACUAAAAUGUUUGCACGAGCCAUAAAAACCAAUGGGGCACCCUUGGAUGAAGAUGUCGUAGAGGCGAUGACAAUUUUAUUCCCAGGUGCUGUACUAGCGAAGUCAAAAAAUAUAAACUUGGCAGAUUUGGUCGACUACUUGUCUCGUAAAUGGCCUGACAGGAAACUACCUCCAACACCGCCUCCAGAACCUGAGCCUGAACCAGAUCCAAAGAGUAAGAAGAAGUAG